GGCUAGGGAGACUCUCCCGGUCUCCCGGUCCCCACCACCCCGCGGCCCCUCCCCUUUCGGCCUCGGUCGCCUGGGUCGGAUCUCACAGGCCGCUGCAAGCCUGCCGUGUGCAUCAGCGCCUGGAGCCCAGAGCAGCUCCGAGGCGGCCCCAGGGACAUCUCCGAGGGGAUCUGCGAGAUGCAGCUGCCCAGAUAUGAGAGCAGAGAAAGGACUCACAAACUCACCAGGAUGCUUUCGAGCCACACCUUCUCCAACAUCGGUUUACUUAGCCUGUAUCUUGUGGUGUUCGUGAGCCUACAGUUCUGUUCAUCAUCUACUUUUGAGGAGUAUCCACUGGAAUCUUGUACUAUGAACCUGACAUUACGAAAUUACCGGCUAAUUUUAUCCUGGGAACUAAAAAACAAAUCCGUCCCACCAGUUCACUAUACGCUUUGGUCCACAAUCAUGAGCAGGCCAGAAGAUCCGAAGGCUUUGGAGAACUGUACAAAUAUCAUGGAAUCAUCUUGCGACGUGACAGAUGAGUGGAUGGACAGAACUGAGAACUACAUUCCCUUAAUUGUGAUUUACAGAGGAGACUCCGUACUGAGCCUCUGUGAAGGCUUUGUCACGGCUACAAACACUAUAAUUGAGCCUCCAGAAUUCGAGGUCAUUGGCUUCACAGAUAACAUAAAUGUGACAGUGAAAUUUCCACCUGUCAUUCCCAAGAUAUUCGGGGAGAGCAUGUGGCAAGUGCUAGGUUAUCGGUCGCUGGCCAUCAAAGCACAGGCUGGGCAGAACACCCUGCUGCACAAGCUCAAAAUGAAGAACAUCGCUGGGAACAUCACCCAUGUCUUUCAAAACUUACUUCCAAACACAAACUACUGUGUAUCUGUUUAUUUUGAAGCUGAAAAUAUGAAAGACUCUAUAAAGUCUCCCUUUAAAUGCACCCUCCUUCAGCCUGACCAGGAAUCAGGAUCAUCAGAGUCUGGCAAAGUAGGAAUAAUUACUGUGUGUGUGAUAAUAGCGGUCUUCUUCUUCUUCUUCAUAAUGCUGAAACGGAUUGGUUAUAUAUGCUUAAAAAGCAAUUUCCCCAGAGCCUUGAACUUCCAUAACUUUCUGUCGUGGAUAUUCCCUGAAGCGCCACCAUCAGAAGGUGUGGACAGGUUGGAGAUCAUUACCGUGAACAAAAAGAAGAAAGUGUGGAAUUACAAUUAUGGAGACGAGAGUGACGAUGAUGGUGGUGAUGAUGAUGAUGAUGAAGCCCCCAAAGCAAGCGCCACCGGAUACACCAUGCAUGGACUGAUGGGCAGGCUCCUGAGCCAGGCCUCUGACCCCUCAGCCAACCCCCAGGAGUCCCAGCUGGAAGAAGAGGACUCUGCCGAGGAGGAAUCCGAUACCACAGGGGCUUGGGCUGGGCCCGAAGCAGAAUGUGUCACAGAGGCUGCUGUGGUGCGGCUGGGCCUCGGACUUUCUGAAGACCCCAGUGGCCCCUCUGCGAGGAGAGAGAGUGUGAUCCAGGACCCCUUCCCCGGGGAUGACAGCAGCUCUGUGAAUGGGGCCGGGGACAAAGCUAUCUUCAAUGUGAACUUAAAUUCUGUGUUUCUGAGGAUUCUCCACGAUGACCCUGAAGAUGGCUCGGAGGGGUCAUCUCUUGCAGAAGAUCCUCUCCACCUAGACGAGGCUCCCCAGAGGACAGAGUCAGGCCUUCUGAUGGCCAGUGGGGACAGGACACAAUCACCCCAUCCCAGCAUCUCUUCCCAGCAUCUGUGGACUGAAGAUGGGUCGUCUGAAAAAACUGACACCUCAGACUCAGAGGCUGACACAGGGGAUGGUUAUAUUAUGAGAUGACUCCGGAAGCAGUUCACCAGCUCAAGCUGAGCACCUACAGGGGUCUCUUCACAGCCUGCAGGUGUCUGUGAGGGAGGGGCUAGGGAACUCUGGAGCCCUGCUGGAUUUUGCUGAUGGCCUUCUCUGUGCACAUUCCCGGUUUGGGGAUUCGUAUUGUUUACAAGGGUCAUGAGCGUGUCCUGCCCACCCCCUUCCCACUCAUGCACCACGGGCAGGACUGUGUUAUGUUUCCCAGGGAACACGGUGACUUUCAGAGGCAGCCAAGGCCUCCCAUCUCUGUGUCAUUUCUAGGAAAUGAUUAAAUUGGGGCUGAA